AUGUCUUGCUGCAAGGCCGGCUGCAAGCCCAGGCGAGUAGACCCCGAGUCCGCCGCCCACACCAACGAUGAGACGGAGAUGGGGGACCUGGUCAUCGACGUGAAGCCCGAGCCACCUCCGUGGCCCCUACAGGCCGCGGGGCUGCUGCGGGGUUCUCCAAAGGAAGCGCCCGCUCCAGGCGGCCUCGAGGGCGCACCCCGCUCCUGCCCUACCCCGGUGCCCGUCCCCUCCCUGCCCUCGGACCGCCAGCCCUGGACUAACAAACACCCAGAUACGUUGACCUGCGGCCUCUGCCUGCAGACCUUCCCGCUGGAGGCCAUCACGGCUUUCGUGGACCACAAGCAGCAGGGCUGUCAGCCCUCUCAAGGCCCCAGCCCUGGCCCGGACUCAGCACUUGAGAACCUGAAGGCUUUGACUUGCCUCCGCUGUGGCCGACAGUUUACCAAGGCCUGGACACUGCUGCGCCAUGCCCAGUGGGGCCAUGGACUGUCCAUCUACCGGACGGAAUCUGAGGCCCUAGAGACUCUGCUGCUGGGCCCGGCAGAGGUGGCUGCAGCCAGGUCAGCAGUGGUGGGGCAGCAAGUGGAGGCCAAGGGCUCCCGGGCCAACAGGAGCCCCACCUGCCUUGUGUGCAUGAAGACCCUCAGCACCUUCAGCAACCUCAAGGUGCACAUGCGCUCCCACACGGGCCAGCGGCCCUAUGCCUGUGGCCAGUGUUCUUACACCUGUGCCCACAGCAGCAGGCUCAACCGCCACAAGAAGACCCACCGGCAGCUGCAACCUCAGAGCCCCUACACGGCCAAGGCCAGUCAGGAACAGGCCUCAGCUGCCCCUCCAGAGCCAGCCGCCCAUGACGCUGCCCUAGCCAGGACUCUCCUGUGCAGCCCUGAAGGGGCUGGAGCUGCCGACACAGCAGGUGUGCAGGAACCGGGGGCUCCAGGUGGUGGAGCUCAGGCUGGUCCUGGUGGGGACAGUUGGGGCAACGCCAUCAAGGAAGAGAGAAUCAACUCUGCCCAGAUCCCAGAGAAGUUGCCUAAGAAGACUCCAAAGACAGUGGGCAAGAGCCAUGGGCCCGGGGGCAGCUGUGAGUUCUGUGGGAAACGUUUCACCGACAGCAGCAAUCUGACUGUGCACCGGCGCUCACACACCGGGGAGCGGCCCUAUACCUGCGACCUCUGCUCCUUUGCCUGUGCCCAGAGGAGCAAGCUUAGCCGCCACCGCAGCAUACACGGUCUGGGGCCCGGAGGUGCCCGCUUUGAGUGCCCCCACUGCCGUGUGCCCUUCUGCCUGCGGGCCACCCUGGACAAACACCUGCGGCAGAAGCACCCCAAAGUGCCCUUCCCCCCUGCUGUCCCUGGUACCACUGUUCAUGUAUCUGUUGAUCAUGUCCUGCUGUGA